AUGGUAUACACACCACCACCAACCCCGCACCUUGCGCCCGUCCCACUUCCACUAAUUCCUUUACCUGCCGAAAUAAGGGAUGGGUACCCCACCCCACCAAGCACGCCCCUGUCGAACGUGCCUUUAUUUGCGAUGCCCGACGAUGCCUACAGCCCUACAUAUGGUACCCUUGGGCUGUACAAUGCAAACACUGGCCAACCAUUGCCCUAUUCCCCAGUCCCGUUCCCGAUGGGGAAUAAUAUCGAUUAUUCUCCGACAGCAAUGGUAGCGCCCGCGAAUCAAGUCUGGCAUGCGCUUCAACCCCAUCUUGGCCACAGCCCAGGCAAUGCACAUCCAGCAUUGGGGCCAACUCUACCUCUUCUGGGCACUUACGGCCAGCAUCACUAUGGACAGGUAGGAACGCCUGCUGCCCCCCCUGGUGCUGCUGUGCCAUUCCCAGCAAUGGCUGGAAACUACUCGGCGCCGACUUGGACAGCGUCGGCAUUUCCCAUGGCGAUGCCCCCAUAUGGUACCAUCAGGCCUUACCAUGAUGAGGACGACGAGGAGGAAGAAGAGGAAGAGAGGGCUAGGUGGAAAGCUAGGAAGAAAGCAAGGAAAGGUGGGAGCAGUAGGUUUUAUCGAGGCCUGAGGAGAGAUGAACAUGAUCCUGGCGGUCCCUCGGGGAGUGGAACGCCAUAUGCCUAUUCUGUUGGCUAA